AGAGGCCGCGCUGACUGUUUCUUGGAUCAUCGUUUUAGAUUAGUACACUAUUUUCCGUCAACGGGUCCCUUUUAACGCGCAGCUUUCUCUUAAAUGUACCAUUUCUCGCUUUAUCAGCUUGCUCUUCUCUUCGCCGUACUUCUUUCUUCACUUCUUGCUCCGCAGUUCGCACUCACUGCUGCUUCACCCCCCGUUCCUAACCUGUCUCUCGAGCGCGCCAUGCACCAGGAGCGACAGCUGUCGACGACCUAACCUGCUAGCUUGCCACCCACACGCGCGCAAGCCGCAAGCACAACCCAAAGCCAUGGGCACACCACGGCCACAGUCACCUCCUCUGUCGUUGAAGCCACCCAUCAUACCUCUGCCUCCCCCACCACCGCCGCCGCUCCCCCCGUCGCCGCCCCACGAUUUCUCCUUCUCCUUCUCCCUUUCCCCUCCGCUCCCUUCCUCGCCUCCGCCUUUCCACGUGCACCUCCCGUUUCCGGUCGUCGGUGACAUGUCCCGGACGCCACCACCUCCCCUCGGCCGCGUCGGCAGCGACCUCAGCCACAACAACUACGCCAAAGCAAACCACCAUCGGACGUCCACAACGACCCACGGCAGCAGUAGCAGCAGAAGCAGCGACGACAAGGACAGGGCCAAGAACAAGGCCUCUCCUUUCUUCUCCGGCAUCGGCCUCGGCAGCGCGUGGAGAUCAUCAGGCGAGAGAAGCAGCAGAGAUCACACGGCCGGCACCGGCAAGGCCGAGGACGACAAACCGAGGAAGGGGAACGUGGGGCAGCGGGUGAGGAAGUACAUGGCGUGCCUGGUGGAGCAGCUGCUCGCUUCCUUCUCCAGGCACGGCGAGAGGCACAGGCGGGAGCAGCGGCGGCGCCGGAGGCCGCACUCAUUCUCAGUCCCAGGGAGUGGGACGGUGGGGGGCGCCGCCUGCACGAGGGAUCAGCGGGAGAGGUGGAGGAGGCAGCAGCGGCGCGGCGGGCAGCUGUCGUCCGCGCCGGCGUCGCUGCGCGCGUCUCCCGUGAACAGCGGGCACCUGUCCGUCGGCGGCGGGUCCGUGAAGGUGUCGACGUCGUCCGAGGAGAGCACGAUGGAGGAGCUCCAGAGCGCCAUCCAGGCCGCCAUCGCACACUGCAAGAACUCCCACCGAACUGCAGCAGGCCAAGUAGCUGACGCCCGCGGCCCGCCCGGGCCGCCGUGCACGGUGCACCUGCACGCAGGCUAGUGUACUAUAAAUCGACCGAUCAAUCGCCAUGCGCGCGCGUACGUCUCUCACUCGAUCAAGAAACAUCAGUAGUACUACAAGUAUGCAUAUCUUUUCGAAGCUUGACUCCUGCGGAAGCUUAUUAAUUCGUGGCUGAUUACGGAAAUUUCCUCUUGGGGGGAAGUGUUAGAGUGUAUCAUUUGGAGGUUUGAGCAGCAGUGUAAACAGCAGCCGGUUUUCUUGACCAGUAGUUGAUGUCGUUCAGCAAGUCUCGGGCCGUUUGAGACACGCUACUUGAUUUCCAGACAAAUCCUGAUAAGCCAGAUAGCAACUCAAAGCUUAAUCUUGAGACAAAUCAUUAGUGGAGUAGAUCCCAGCAGCCCACCAUGCACUCACCAUACAUAUAUACUCGAGGGAAUAUUUGGUGCCCCCAACCCCUUAGGUGCUGCCAUACUAGGUGCUACGUUAGCACGGCAGCACCCUUAAAAUGUUUAAAAAAAUUUCUACAUAAAUUGAGUGGAUUCAUAAGAUGUGUGUCUAUCAUCUUGCAAAGUUUCAACCCAAACUCAUUGUAUGCAUAGAAAAACAAAAAAGACAAAUGGAAUCAUGAAUAGUGUCAGGAAUUUUACCUUC